AUUGGGUUUGUCUUUGCGGUAAUAUCGAUGGCUACGGCUACGCAGGAAUACUAUGAGGGACGCUCUUAGCUGCUGUGGGAUAUAUUAUGCAUCGUCCACUGCUCCUGUUGAACACAACAAUUUGGUCUUUAGAUCAUUUGCCUACACUCGGUCAUGAAGUCAGUAUGUCAGAAGGAUCCCCUCGUCGGCACCAAUUUGAUCUCUACGGAAGCAACCCAGGCGUUUUCAGCGGAUUAAGUUGUAGCGAGGUUCUUCUGACGACUGCGCGGAGUGAUCUUUGGUCGACUGUUGCGAUCCAUGUGAUCACGAUGGUGCCAUCUGGCUCGUUGUCCCGUUUCUAUAUGGCUUGGUUCCUGAUGCAUAAUAGUCCUGCAUGGCCAGGCGGUUAAUGUCACUCCUUCCUGUCCGUUGGUCAUCCAUCGUGUACGUGUUUCCAACCUCAGGGAGCCUGGGCAACUUGUACCUGCUCUCCAAUUCCUCGUCUCUAGUUUUUCCUGUCUUUGCAAGGGCUGUCAACCCCCAAAUCACGGCACCC